CAACUGUACGACACAGAAAGCCCAACUGUUGGCCAUCCUGAUCGAGGGCAGCUGCUGGGCUCCACUUUACGUCUGCAAGCCUCGUCCCUCGCACUCCUCAAGACGGGUGUCGCCAGCUGCCGCAGCGCCCUUGACAGCCCGCGCCUUCCCGCCCCCGCGCGCCCGCCAGGGCGGACGCAGCCCGGACGCCGCGGCGCCCCCACCACUACCCCCAUGCACGUGACGGGGGGCAGUUUUUCUUCUCCCCACCCCCUCCCUGAGGCCCCGCCUUCUCCUGAGAGGCUGAGGCUUUCUAUUGCGCCACUACUGGACUGACCGCCGUGCCAGCCAAUCAGAAUAUGACGCUUCAAGUAAGACCCGCCCCUUGUUGGUCCUCAGGUUCCUUCCCGCUCACAUCGGAGUCACUUCCGAAGAGAGAGAACCGCCAUGAAGAGAGAAGGGGGUGCCGCCCACCUCUGCUCCGACAGCCUCCCCGAGUCCCAGCAGCAAGACGGCAACCACGCACCCAGCUGCUCCAGCCACAGCUCAUGCCGCCGUCGCCAGCGGCGCCGACAUGACAAGGCGCUGCAUGCCCGCUAGGCCAGGUUUCCCCUCAUCCCCAGCCCCAGGGUCGUCGCCCCCGCGCUGCCAUCUGAGACCCGGUAGUACCGUCCCUGCUGCAGCGGGAAAGAGAACAGAGAGUCCUGGGGACAGGAAGCGGUCAAUUAUAGAUUUCUUCAAACCAGCUUCAAAACAAGACAAACAUAUGUUGGAUUCUCCACAAAAAUCGAACAUCAGAUAUGGAGGAAGUGGAUUGUCCAUCACUGGAAGAGAGCAGUUUGAAAAGAAACUGUCCUCACCAAAAAGAUCUAAACCUAAAAGGGUGUCAUCAGAAAAAAGCCCUGUCUUGGAGGCGUUCAUGAAAGGUGUUAAAGAGCACCAUAGAGAUCAUGGUGUACAUGAGUCACAUCAGCCUUAUGUGUCACUCGCCACCAAAUGUCCAAAGGCAGUUACAAAAUAUGUUACUCCUUCAUAUCUCUUGUCAGGAGAAACGAAGAAAAAACAUCAAUCUCCAGAGGGAAGGAAGUCACAUUUCAUUCAUGAAAAUAGCAGGGAGAAGAAUGAUGGAGAUCGAGGCAAGAUCAGUGCUGAUUCUAAAAAGCAGGCCACAGUGACAGAAGCUGACAACUUCAAGAACAGCUCCAGAAGUCUUAGCAGCAGGAGCAGCCUAUCUAGGCACCACCCAGGAGAAAGCCCACUGGGAGCUAAGUUCCAGUUGAGUCUAGCUUCUUACCGAAAAGAAAGAGAACUAAAGAGGUUGAGAAGGGAACAAAUGGAGCAGAGAAUCAAUUCAGAAAAUUCUUUCUCAGCAAGCAGUCCUUCCUUAAAAUCCUCUAGUAUAGGAAGAAAACCAAGGCAGGAACAGAGUAAACGGAAUGAUGUCACAUCUCGAAACAGCAAUCUUUCAAACCUGGAAAAUGGACAUCUCUCAAGAAAAAGAUCCUCUUCUGAUUCAUGGGAACCUACUUCAGCAGGCUCUAAGCAGAAUAAAUUUCCUGACAAAAGAAAAAGGAACUCUGUGGACUCAGAUCUGAAAAGCUCAAGAGAAUCUAUAAUGCCAAAAGCAAAAGCCCCCCUUGAGAAGCGUCCUGACAGACCACAUCAGAGAGAAGAGUUUGUAAAACCUGUUGCACUCAAAACACCUGGUAAUGUAUUGUGCUUGGAAGAUAUACCCAAGGAACCAUAUGAAGAAGCUGAUUACUCCUCGUCAGGCUUGGCACCUUCAAAUUCCGGGCACCAUUCUUCCAGGAAUAGUGACCAAAUCCGUUUGGCAAGUACCAAAGAGACUAAGAUGCAGAAACCCCAUUUACCUUUACCUCAGGAACAGUCUGCGGUUAAAAAAGCUAGCAACCUUCAUAAAAAUAAAACUGCUAGCUCUGUGACAUCACAUUUACUUUCGCAUGUUCCAGGUGCUGGUUCCUCUGGGGUUCCAUUAAGUGUUAAAAAUUUAACUCCUACAGUUCCUAAAAAAGAUAAAGAGCGUUCCUCAUCUAAAGAAGGUUCUGGGCAUUCUACAGAGUCCUCCAAACACAAGGAACACAAGGCAAAGACUAAUAAGGCUGAUUCUAACAUAUCUUCAGGGAAAAUUUCUGGGGGAUCUUUGCAUGCAGAAUAUGGCACUCCUACAAAGUCUCCCCCGGCUGCUUUGGAAGUUGUGCCAUGUGUUCCAAGCCCAACAGCACCUUCAGAUAAAGCCCCUUCAGAUGAGAGUUCAGGAAAUUCCAAUGCAGGUAGCAGUGCACUGAAAAGAAAACUAAGGGGUGAUUUUGAUAGUGAUGAAGAAAGUUUAGGUUACAACCUAGACAGUGAUGAGGAAGAGGAAACAUUAAAAUCACUGGAAGAAAUAAUGGCUUUGAACUUCAAUCAGACUCCUGCAACUACAGGAAAGCCUCCUGCUCUUUCUAAGGAGCUUAGAUCUCAGUCAUCAGACUGUACAGAACAUGUUCAUAGUGGAACUUACACAAACACUUUAGAGCGUCUAGUGAAGGAGAUGGAAGACACACAAAGGCUAGAUGAACUGCAGAAGCAACUGCAGGAAGACAUAAGGCAGGGCCGGGGCAUUAAAUCCCCAAUCAGAUUUGGUGAUCAAGACAGUACAGAUGAUGAAGAUGGCCUUUUAGAAGAGCACAGAGAAUUUCUAAAGAAAUUUUCAGUUACAAUUGAUGCUAUUCCUGAUCACCAUCCAGGCGAAGAAAUAUUUAAUUUCCUUAAUUCUGGGAAAAUUUUCAAUCAGUAUACCUUGGAUUUAAGAGACUCUGGUUUUAUCGGACAAAGUGCUGUAGAAAAGCUUAUUCUCAAAUCAGGAAAAACAGAUCAGAUUUUUUUGACAACACAAGGCUUCCUUACCUCUGCUUAUCACUAUGUCCAGUGUCCGGUACCUGUGUUAAAGUGGCUGUUUCGGAUGAUGUCAGUUCAUACAGACUGUAUUGUUUCUGUGCAGAUUUUGAGUACAUUAAUGGAAAUAACAAUUAGAAAUGAUACCUUCAGUGAUUCUCCAAUUUGGCCCUGGAUCCCAUCAUUGUCUGAUAUAGCUGCUGUGUUUUUCAAUAUGGGGAUUGAUUUUAGAUUUUUGUUUCCUCUGGAGAAUCUUCAGCCAGACUUUAAUGAAGACAAUCUAGUUUCUGAAACACAGAUGACAUUGGCGGUGAAAGGAAGUGAAGAGUCAUCUUAUGAGCCAAUUUUUUCAUCUCUUCCUGAAACCAACAUUUUAAAUGUGGUUAAGUUUCUAGGCUUAUGUACAUCUAUACAUCCAGAAGGUUACCAGGACCGUGAAAUAAUGUUACUGAUUUUAAUGUUGUUUAAAAUGAGUUUGGAGAAACAACUGAAACAGAUUCCUCUAGUGGACUUUCAAAGCCUCCUGAUAAACUUGAUGAAAAACAUCAGAGAUUGGAACACAAAGGUGCCUGAACUCUGUUUGGCCAUAAAUGAACUCUCUAAUCAUCCCCACAACCUUCUGUGGUUGGUACAGCUGGUCCCUAACUGGACAUCACGUGGAAGGCAGCUGAGACAGUGCCUCAGCCUAGUGAUUAUUUCAAAGCUUUUGGAUGAGAAACAUGAAGAUAUCCCUAAUGCGAAUAAUCUGCAGAUAUCAGUCUUACAUCGCUACCUUGUGCAAAUGAAGCCUUCAGAUUUGUUGAAGAAAAUGGUCCGGAAGAAAAGGAAUGAACAACCAAAUGGCACUAUUGAUGAUAGUCUUCAUUUGGAACUUGAAAAGCAGGCAUAUUACCUGACCUACAUUCUUCUUCAUUUAGUCGGCGAAGUUAGUUGUUCUCAUUCUUUUUCUUCUGGACAACGGAAGCACUUUGUGCUCCUCUGUGGGGCUUUGGAAAAGCAUGUUAAGUGUGAUAUUAGGGAAGAUGCAAGACUGUUUUAUAGAACUAAGGUAAAAGACUUGGUUGCCAGAAUACACGGAAAAUGGCAGGAAAUAAUCCAGAAUUGUCGGCCUACACAGGGACAGCUCCAUGACUUCUGGGAACCAGAUUCUUAACAGGAGUUGCAGCAGCAAAAUUAUGAACCAAGAGAAAUUCAAUAAGAGCCUUUCCUAAAGGAGUAGAAAAGAUUACUGCAGCAUCUAGUGGAAGGCUAAGAAAAUGUGCUACUUGAAUGUAUAGUAUGAAGCUGGUAAUGAAGAAAUUGUCAUUUCUGAAGCAGAUAUGAGAUGUGAUCUGCUUAAUUAAGACAACUGGCCUUUUAAAAGAGCAGAAUCCCUAAGAGGGGAGGAUAGAAUCAUCUAACAGCUGCAUGUCUAACCUUCCCCAAUUAACUCUUAUUAAAUCGUAGGCCAGUUAUCUUUUUGGGGGGAGCGGGGGGUAUUCGCAGCACUUGGAUAAUCACAGGAAAUAUGUAAGAAAGGGUUUGAACCAACUUGAGAAGCUGGACAUGGAAACCAAGAUCAAGUGUCAGUUUGGUUUAAUUUUCCUGUUCGUUAUUUUAUGACUCAAAGGGAAAGCUUAAAACCGAGUUUAGUAGCAGAAAGGGUAAAUCUCUUCUAUAAGUCCUAUAGACCACUGGGAGGUUUCAGUCCAUGCAGUUUUUUUCGAUAUUCAAGGUUUAGAAAUAUAUUGUUUUAAAAAUACGUUUAAACAAACAGUUGCAAAACAGAAAUUUGGUGUAUUGUCAGAUCACCUUAAGGGGAAGAGGUUAAGCUCUAAAAUGGUGGCUCUGUUUUUAUUCCAAAACAUAUAUAUGCAGUUUGUUUUGGAUUUAAGUGCAUAUAUGUAUAUAUAUUUUUGAAAUACUGGCUAAAUCUUAGAACUCUGGCCCUUGGUAGCCAUAUUACAGAAGUCUAUAUUGUAAAAGCUUAAAGACCUGGACAAGUUUCCAAAAAUCGUACUUUCAUGAGUAUAUAACCUUGGCAGAGACCCGAAUGGUGUUUAUUCUUUGCUACACUACGCACGCGUGUGUAUGUGUGUGUGUGUGUGUGUGCGGGUGUGUGCUUGUUUUUUAAAUUUGUUGCACUUGAAAACCACAGCUGCUCUAAAUUCCUAAACACUGGAAAGCCAUCCUUUGGUUUAUAUAGUAGAGGGUUAGUAGAAGUGCACAUGCUGGUCUUAGGCCCAGGGCCCUCUGAAGCCUUUGGGAAUAAUAGAUGUUUACUAGGUAACUGAAAAAUUCUUUUGUUGACUGAGUGUCCCUUUUAGGAGGAUUUGCUUCUUGAAGGAUAAGGCCGGCUUUGUUUUUCUUUCUUUCGACAUUGACUUAGAUGACACUGCUCUCCUGAGCACUCUACUGCCUCCAGUGGUGGGAGGAAAGAUGAUGGAGGGGAAGGGAAUUGGACUUUAUGGUAUGAGAGGGGAGGAAAUAAAUUUUGAAAAGUAGUUUUCUACCUCUAAACUGAGGCUUAGGAGUAAAAAGCAUUGUAUCCUAAAUUUAUCAUUUAAAAUAGUAUCAGUAAUUUUCGAGCCCAUGUCAGGCAUUGAGCAGUUAGAGAUUUUAUAGGGAAGACUAAGUUAAUCCAGUUCCCAAGAACCCCAGCUGAAUGAGGCUUCAAGAGGCAGACCAACAAAAGUUUUAUUCUGUGUUUACUGGUAAGAAUAUUAUCUUGAUACUACCUCUCAAGGGUAUUAUUAGAAAAUGCCACUUAUGGUUAACGAGAUAGAUACAAAUAGUUAUAUUUGACAGAAGCUUGAAACUCUGGCAUCUAUCUGCCCAACAAUGGGGGCUUUCACUCGCUGUAAUUUAAUACUUUGUAGAUACAUUAUUUGUGUGUAAUUUUAUAAGUGUUCAUAUUUUUCUCAUUUUGCAUUGUGUAAAGUGUACAAUAUCUCAAAGUAUAAAAUACUGCUUAUAUUGCUUGUAAUUACAGUGUGUAAAUAUUUUCUAAUCGUGUACAUUGACGGGACAAGUGGGAUAUUCAGGUUUUUUUUUUUAAGUGACCCUUUUGUAUUGCAGUUUCAACAGAUAACUGCCCAUCAAAUUUAAAACCACUUUGAUACAUUUUUAUUUAGCAGUUCCAAUAAGAAAAGUCUAUUUUUAAUUGUCUUUCUCCAUUAUAGGAAAAUACUUCAUCUGUCCCUUUAAAAUAAAUGGCCAAACAUCAGUUUGGACCCUUUUUAUUUAUGACUGUGGUAGAUAUCUUUAGUCUCCAGGUCAUGUUCCAGCCAGUAUUUGCAUUGGGGUUCUCAUAAAAUUUUGUGAUUCUCCUUAGCACAAAUAGUCAUGAUUUUUUCUCCCAAAUCAAGUAUUCUCCUUCUCCCUCUUGAGUCCCCAUGCUUUCUCUCCCUCUUGCUGCUGUUGCCCAGGAAAUGGGAUGGUAGUGCGGGAGAAUAUGUUCAUUGCACAGAGAAUGUCAGGCCACUUUUUGGACUUGGCAAACAAAGCUUGCCUUGAGUGGUGGUGUGUUUGGCAAUAUUUCUGUGCCAAAAAUCACUUUGUCUAAUUUUCUGGAUAUGUAUGUCAAACUUAUUACCCUUAUAGCAAGCUGAAAAUUAAGGUACUUGUGUUUAUGCUUUUGUGUAACUGUUUGCCUUUUCUAAACUGUUCUUCUUGUUAUCCUAAAAUAUAAUUCUGUUGGUUAUAUCAUGUUAAGUGAAGAGGCUCUCCGUGCACAAAACACGUCUAUAUAGCAGUAAGGCAACAGCAUUUGUACAUUUUCUGUCUGUCUCCCGAUGGCAGUGGUGCCUUUGUCACCUUUUGGAAGGUUGACAUUUUGGUCUUGUUUUGAAGGACAAGUACUAUCUUGCUUUUGACUUCACAGAAAUCUCCCCAGAUGUAAAAGAUAGAAAAUGGCGUGUGUCAUCCAGGUUUAGUUGGAGCAUUUGCAUUUUCCUUUUUGUCAAAACGUGUAGAUUGGUGGGGAUUGGCCAGUAAUAAUGUGUGGAGUCUUUAAACAAGAGUAAUUGUGAAAUUAAAAAAAAAAAAGUAAAACUGAAGAGAUGACCCAUUAACAAAUGACCUAGUUGGAGAAUUAGGGGAAGACUGUCUUGGUUUGUCUUAAGAAAGCAAGCUUAGGCUGCAGGCGACUGGGCAUGUAGAGCAUGAGCCGAGGUUAGUUCUUAUUAACAGUGCUGCGGCACCUCCUUACCUGUGCAUUUGUUUUCUCUGGGCAGUCCUGUCAGCCAGUUAAUCCACCAGCUUUUAGGAAGUUUACAAGUAAAUGCAGAUUUUCUUUUUCUUUCCUUUUUUUUUUUUUUAAGCUUUUAUACUACAUCUUGUUUAAAGUCCUAUGAAUGUAUGUGCCUGUUAUUAAAACGGCUUUUUCUCAGUUUGAA